UUAGUUAAUUAAAAGGCGUGGUCAUGAUGUUAUUAAAUUGCAUAACUCAGCAGCCAAAGUCCAAGAGAGAGAAAUAGAGAGAAGAGAAUGUCUCGUAUUGGAACCCCCAUAGACUCCUCUCAUUGGUCACCAAUGGACAGAUACACGUCAGCAUCACUUCCACCCUUACCAGUACCAGCUCACUCCCUACCACCUCCUGUAACCCUCCCUCCUGUAACUCUGGGUCUACCGCCUUUCCCAGGACCAAGAGGAGGAGGAGGGGGUCCUGUCAUACCAACUUUCCCUCCUCCCUCUACCCUCCCUUCUCCCUCCAUCACUUCUUCUCCUCUAACACCAAUCACUCCUCAAACGCCUUCAUCCAUUACUCCUGGCUCUAUACUUCCCUGGACCCCUUCCUCUGCCUCACUCCACCCCACCCUCUCCCUCCAGCCUCCCCCUCGCCCUAACUUUGGACAAAUUGGACGACCAAUCGGAUUAAGAGCUAAUCAUUUUCAGGUUAAGAUCCCAACCAGCACACUAUAUCACUAUGACGUUGCUAUUCAUCCUGAUAAAUGUCCUCGUCGCGUUAAUCGUGAGAUUAUUGAGGCUCUGAUUCAAACGAGGAAGGACUACUUUGAGGAACAGCAUCCAGUCUUUGACGGGAAGAAGAACCUCUACUCUAGGAAACCAUUACCAGGGAUCGGGAGAGACAGGGUUGAGAUAACAGUUACUUUAGGAGGUGAUGGUAACAGAGAAAGAGCUUUUAAGGUCUCAGUGAAGUAUGUAGCUCAGGUUAACUUGGCUCUUCUUGACAGCGUCCUCAGAGGUGAGAGUCUGGCUCCCAUUCCUUUUGAGUCUAUUCAAGCACUGGACGUCGUCAUGAGACACUUACCAUCAAUGACUUAUACUCCUGUUGGACGGUCGUUCUUUGCCCCGCCCGAGGGUGAGCCCUAUACACUGGGUAAUGGGAGAGAGGUGUGGUUUGGAUUCCAUCAGUCGAUACGACCGUCGAUGUGGAAAAUGAUGAUGAAUAUUGAUGUGUCUGCCACUGCAUUUUACAAGAGGCAGUGUGUUCUUGAUUUUGUUCAUGAGGUUCUUGAUUUGGACAGUGAUGUAAUCAGACGACCACUCUCUGACUCACAAAGACUUAGAUUUGCUAAAGAAAUAAAAGGUCUAAAGGUUGAAGUGACGCACACUGGUCCCAUUAGACGCAAGUACAGAGUCUGUAAUGUGACUAGGAGACCGGCCUCAGCUCAAACUUUUCCACUUCAACUUGAGAAUGGUGACGUUUUCGAUUGUUCUGUUGUUCAAUAUUUCAAGGAAAAGUAUCACAUUGAUCUACAAUACCCGUUUCUGCCUUGUUUGCAGGUUGGUCAAGAGAAGAAACACACUUACCUUCCAUUGGAGGUCUGUGACUUGGUCCCCGGUCAAAGGUGCAUUAAGAAACUCUCUGAGAUGCAAACCUCACGAAUGAUAAAAGCAACGUCAAGGACAGCCCCUGAUAGAGAGACCGAGAUUAAUAGACUGGUUGCACGUGCUAAUUUCAACGCCGAUCCCUACGUGCAGGAUUUCGGUAUUUCGGUUGAUACUAAAAUGGUGACAGUGACUGGGCGUGUACUACCUCCUCCUAAACUCCAAUACGGAGGAAAAGCGCGUGUGCAGGCACUACCUGACCGUGGGGUCUGGGACAUGAGAGGGAAGCAGUUUCAUUUCGGAGUUGAGGUCUCUGUCUGGGCCAUCAUAAUAUUCACCUCAGUCAAGCAGUGUCCUGAAGAAAAACUGAGGAAUUUUGUAUUUCAGUUGCGUAAGAUAUCUCAAGAUGCCGGUAUGCCAUUCAGGAGAGACCCACAGUUCGUGAGAUACAUCCAGGACAGACUAGGUGUUGAGCGGGUUGAAGCAGUUGAGCCAUUGUUCAGGCAGCUGCUUACUGAAAUGGAGGGACUUCAAUUGAUACUAGUAGUACUGCCUGGGAAGACCCCAGUUUACGCUGAAGUCAAGAGGGUUGGCGACACGUUGUUGGGCGUGGCCACUCAAUGUGUUCAAACUCGUAACGUGAACAGGACGUCACCUCAGACCCUCUCUAACCUUUGUCUUAAAAUAAACGUCAAACUCGGCGGAAUUAACAGCAUCAUAGUCCCCAACAUGAGGCCGCCAAUAUUUCGUGAGCCGGUUAUAUUCAUGGGGGCAGAUGUGACACACCCCCCAGCUGGAGAUGAGAAGAAACCUUCAAUAGCUGCCCUGGUUGCUAGUAUGGACGCUCACCCCAGCCGAUAUUCAGCGACUGUAAGAAUACAACAGCACAGACAGGAACUGAUAAGUGAACUAGCUGCGAUGGUGAGAGAAAUGUUGAUUGAGUUUUACAAGUCGACGAGGUUUAAACCACAGAGGAUUAUAUUUUAUAGAGACGGAGUUUCCGAAGGACAAUUCUUACAGGUCUUGUCACACGAGUUAGCUAGUAUCAGGCUUGCUUGUCGUAAACUUGAAGACGGAUACCAGCCUGGGAUAUCGUUCAUUGUCGUUCAAAAACGUCACCACACAAGACUCUUCUGCUCUGAUGAUCGUGAUAAGGUUGGAAAGAGCGGGAACAUACCAGCUGGUACAACAGUUGAUGUCGGUAUUACUCAUCCUACGGAAUUUGAUUUCUUCCUCUGUUCCCAUGCUGGAGUCCAAGGUACCAGUAGGCCCUCUCAUUAUCAUGUCCUCUGGGAUGAUAACGGGUUCACAGCCGAUGACCUACAGUGUCUCACGUACCAGUUGUGUCACACUUACGUUCGCUGCACAAGGAGCGUCUCCUACCCGGCACCUGCUUACUAUGCACACCUUGUGGCCUUCAGGGCCCGCUACCACCUGCAGGACAGGGAGGACAGGAGUUCUGGUGAUGGUAGUUCUGCUAGUCAACAAAGCGAAGAGCCUCGAUCCCCAGCUCUGAUGGCUCAGGCUGUUAAGAUCCAUGAAGGAAUGUGCAAUGUCAUGUAUUUUGCUUGAUGUCUCAACUCCGCCUCCUUUUUUUGCAGCAAUUUUUGUAUAAAGCUCAUUAAUUAUUCAUCAGGUUUUAUUGUUGUUGAUCAGUUACUAAUUGUUUCAGAAACGCUACAGAAU